AUGGCAGCAUUUCUCAAUAACAAGAACAGUUCUGCCCCUCGUGCAACCGCCGACAUGGCGCGGGUGAGAAACAAGUUUCUCCCCUCCAUCUUCGAAGAGAAAAAUGAUGACAAAAUACAGGACUUUCGCAAAGCUUUGAAGAUAAACGAAGAUGACGUAGAUGAAGUGGAUCAAUUCGCAAUGGUUCAUUCAGCGCUGCACGAAGCGGAAACUGUUGAAGAAAACAAAGGAUCAGUGAUGAGAGAUUCGCAUAAAAUACCUCGCAGAAUAGGCACUGCCAGAAUAAAACCUCUCACGAGAAGUUUCUCAGAUUCACGAAUGGAUCCAUGGCGGCCAAGGAGACAAACCUCGGCGUUUGUCGGAGCCAGCCGCAUCAACUCGGGUAUUCCUACGGGUCAACGAUCAUUUGGGCAACGUAAAAUAACAUCACCCGGAGUGAACCGAGCGCGGCAAGUUGAUGUAGCAGAAGUAAUUGACUUGACAAAUCCUGAAGAUGCAAAUGAAAUUGCACGCAGAUUCUUUCAAGACGAGUUAAAAAUGGAUCUAUUAGACCCACGUUUUGAUAAACCUGAAGACUUUAUUGCUAAUUUACGGUGGAAAGCAGAAAGAAAGUUUAGCUACGGGGAGUUAUGGCAACGAAGAAUAUCGGGCGGAGCACAUAACAUCACUUUAACAAACAAUUCACCGACAAUUUGGCCGAGCCCUAAAUGUGACGAAAAACUACCAACAAUAGGCAAGUCACACACAUACACACAAGUUCAUUCCCCUUUUCUGCAGAUAUCUUAUUCAAAGCCAAAGGCUGGUGGUGAUUUUUUUAGUGACAAGAAAAGACUGACUUCUUCCUUCAAAGAGCAUGCUGAUAACUGUUAUAGACGAAAACGAGGUGGAAUUUUAAAUCCGAUUAGGCGAGCCGACAAAAAAUCCAAAACCAUUAUCAGAGAUCACUUGCAAUCCCGGAAGGAGAAGAAUCCCUGA